GAAAACGAAAGAAGUUUGGAGAAGAAAAAGGUGAGAGAGGGAAUGGAGAAUGGAGAAAGGCGGAAGAGAGAAGAAAGAGGGCAAAAGACAAAUCAGAAACUGAAACGAAAAUGAAGAAAAGCGUUCAGAAACGCACCAACCUAACACCUCAACCUAAACCUCUCUAACUCCGCUUCCAAUUCGCGCUUUCUUCUCCCUUCUCUCUCGAAGUGCAUGUACUGCAAUUCUACCAAUUUGGUGGAGACUCCUCAUAUGCGACAAGGAACACCUCAUUUGCUGCUCUGGACUCUGUUCUGGGCCUUUGUUUGAAAUUAAACGCUUUAAACACACUUUGGUCAUUGAUGUGGCCCAUAUACUUGCUAUUCAACAAGAUUCUCAAGACUGGAGAUGAAAGAGAAUUAAAAGGCAAUACUUUGAAUGCAAUAGAUCCAUACCUGUUUCAGCAACCAUCAAGUAAUAUAGAUUCCCAUCCUCCCUCCUUGCGUCGUUCACAAUUCAUUGAAGUACCACACAUAAACCAAAUAUAUACAUGGGAUUGUGGCCUUGCUUGUGUCUUGAUGGUUUUGAAAAUUAUUGGUGUCAACAACUAUGAUAUUCAAGCACUGGCUGAACUAUGCAGCACAACCAGCAUUUGGACUGUUGACUUGGCGUAUUUAUUACAGAGAUUUUCUGUUGAUUUUUCCUACUUCACAGUGACACUUGGUGCCAACCCAAAAUAUUGUGUUGAAUCAUUUUACAAGGAUGAACUGCCUAAUGAUCUAGUGAGAGUGGAUAUGCUAUUUCAGAAAGCAGUGGAGGCUGGGAUUGAUAUACAGUGCAGGUCAAUUAGUGCAGAAGAGAUUUCUAUUCUCAUGUUGUCUGGGAAAUAUAUUGCUAUUGCAUUAGUUGACCACAACAAAUUGAGUCAUGUACGGCAAGAAGAUGUUCCUGUGCCUGGUGUCUUCAGCAACAAUCCUGGCUACACAGGUCACUAUGUGUUGAUAUGUGGCUAUGAUGCUGGAGCAGAUAUGUUUGAGAUUAGAGACCCUGCCAGCUCUAAGAAACAUAAGAGGAUUUCUUUGAAGUCUUUAGAAGAAGCUCGCAAAGCCUUUGGCACCGAUGAGGAUCUUCUUUUGAAACGUGCGAGUCAGACAACUGUAUUGCCGUUAAGGGAUUCGGAGUUCAAUUGCUUUAUUCAACCUGUACCAAAAAAAUAGAUGAAUGCCAAUAUACCAUCCAGUUGCAGAUUUCCAUGAUUAUAGUAAUGCCAUUCCUGUACAGAGAAGAGAAGCUUGUUUCAGGUAAUGUGUUUUCUAUUCAAUAAAUGCAUAUGAUGCGACCAUUUUUUCAGUGAAUAUCGUAGUCAUUCAUGAAUCAUGUGAACCAUUAACAUUAAAUGCAUCAUCUCUCAUUUAGCGUGUAUACUCUAAAUACAAGAAUGCAUCUAUUAUAUUACUACAUCACAUUGUGUUACACUUUGGUAGACUCCCACAUGCAAUAAAUAGAUAAGUGGAAUGCGGCCCUGGUUUCGGGGCUUUUCACCAUUUGGAUCGGCUUUUGAUAUUAUUAUUUCCAAAAUUAUGGAUCUAUGAUCUAGUUGAGAUGCUCAUUUAAAAACUAAAAGAGCAUGGUUAAGAUCCAAUAAUUAUAUUCUUGCCUUCUUGGUGACUAUGUCAUUGUCGUGUUUUUCUCAAACAAUUUUUGUCAUUACUAUGAUUAAUUUUUUUGCGAAUGACGGACUGACGGACUGACGGUGGUGGAGGCGUGGUGAUUUGGUGAUGGAAGAAAGUGAGUUGGUCAAAACGGUGAUAGAUUCUGUCAUGGAAGUGGAACUUACUUUUCCAAGAAUCUUCUAAAUUAGUGUUUCCCCGACACACCGUCUCUCUCCCGCAGAACAAUUGAGACAUGUUCGUCUAAUUAAAUAUAAAUAUUUAGGGUGUCGUUAAUGAAUUCUUUAAGUAUAUAUCUACUCUUUCAAGUAAUAGUCUCGAGUUCCAAUCAUAAGUACGUAACUAUAUUGAACAUUCAAAGAAAAAACUUUGUCAUUUAUAAUAAUGCUAUUUAGUUUGAAUAUAAUUAUUUCAAGUGAAAGACACAACACAAGUGUUAUAGAAAAAAAAAUACAAAUAAAACAUGGAGAAAAAUAAUAGCGAGC